AUGGAAAAGGAUAACUGCCGGAUUAGCAAAUGCGAGGAUGAGAAUAAGGGAGCGAAUGGCUGCAGCAGCGGCGAAGUGCUGAAGCCGUCUCCUACGGACGCCGAUAAAUCCGCCAGAAGUGACCGUUGCGCUGAAGAUUCCGCCGGCGGUCGCCGUUCCGCGGAUGGGGAUUCCAUUCCGCUGCUUGAAAAGAAAUCCAAGUCGUUGACGGAUGGGGAUUCCGAGCCGUUGAUUCAUGGACGACCUGAGCCGUUGGUUGAUGGAAGAUCUGAGCCGUCCGUUGAUGGGAAAUCCAAUCUUCUGACUAAUAACAUAUCCGCGACAGCCGUUAAUGGAGGAUGCGCAGAUCCCGCGCAACGGUUAAAUGAGAAGCUCUCAGAGAUGCACCUGAUGGAAAGUGAAGGGGCCGAGACGGGGAGACACGGAGGGGAAAGCGAUGAAGCGGAGGCGAAAGGAAGCAAGGGGGCAUCUGGGAACGAAGGCAGGGGGGAUGUCGUGAGAAUCGCAAGGGACGGCAGUGCGGAGGGAAAUGAAAGGAGUGGAGAGGGAGAUGAAACGGUUGUAAGGGACAAGAACCCAGGAGGGGCAAGGGAGGGAAGGAAAGAGCCGGGCGGGGAGGAAUUGGUGGAGCAACGAGGUGAAGAGGGUAACCCGGUUGUUCUGAGCAAUGAGGGCGUAUUGGAUAGCAGAGAAAACGUGUUGAAUAGGGAUGGAGGCUCGUUAGUCAGUAGAGACGGCUCUUUGCAUAGUAGAGAAGGUUCCGUGAAUAGCAAUGACGGUUCAGUACAUAGUAGAGACAGCUCAAUUGAUAGUUUGCAUGGGGAAGAUGCUGUGAGGGGGCGUGCACAAGGGCAGGCGAAAGGGAAGGGACGUGCUGACGGUAUGACAAAGGGGUAUGCAGGCGGAAAGGCGAAGGAGCAGAGGGGUAGGGGAGCCGCAGCAGCAGCAGUAAGAGGGAGAGGGGGAGGCAGUACGGUUGAUGAUAGCGAUAGUGACAGUGUGGAGAGCGGGUUUCGUGGCGGGGUGAACAGCAGCAGGGGUAGGGACGUGAAGGGAAAGGGGAAUGCAGGCGGAACAGUGAAAGGGCAGAGGGGCAGGGGAGACGCGGCUGUAGCAGCAGCAGCAGCAGCAGCAGCAGCAGCAGCAGCAGCAGCAGCAGCAGCAAGAGGGAGAGGAGGAGGCAGUACGGUUGAUGAUAGCGAUAGUGACAGUGUGGAGAGUGGGUUUCGUGGCGGGGUGAUCAGCAGCAGAGGCAGGGGCGCUCGCAGGUAUAGCUCUGGUGCCGUUGCUUCUGGAGGCGGUGGUGGUGAUGAUAGCGAUAGUGACAGUGACGAGAGCACAGCAGGAAGCAAGCCAGUUGAGGGGGGAGGAGGGGAGGGAGUGGGAGAAGAGGAGGGAGAAGGGGGAGGGAGCGGGGAGGAAUCAAAUAGAUCUGACAGGGGAGACAGGGGAGGAAGGGUGAGCGGCGGACGAGGGAAAGAUGGGGAGCGAAGGGCAGGGCGGCACCAGCACCAGCAACAGCAGCAGCAGAGGGGGGAGCAGAGAGGGGAGCGUGGUGAUAAGCAUAGGAAAGGCAAGGAGAGGGAAGGCGCUGCUGUGGAAGAUUUACAGGAAGGGACAGGGGAGACUGGCGGAGGGGAUGAGAAGGGGAGGGGAGGAGGGAGGGCUGGCAGGGAGGAGAAGAGAGAAGUGGAGUGGAGGCGAGGGAACAGUAGGGGGCAAGGAGGAGGCGGUGGAUGGAGCAGCAGGCAGGAAAGGUUCGAGGGGAGUGAGCAGGAGAGGAGUGGGGGGAGGAAGAGUGGGGAGGAGAGGCGUGGUGAAGAGAAGCGUGGGGAGGAGAGGCGUGGGGAGGAGAGACCCAGAGGGGGAAACGAGCAGAGGAGUGUGAGAGAGAGAGGGGAUGGACCGGGCAGCAGUGGUGAUGGCAGCACGGGCAUGGUUGGAAGGGAGGGUGGGAGGAGGAGGGUGAGUGGGCUGGGAGGUGGUAACCGCCUACUAGACGCAGCCUUUGCCCCUGUGAUAGGUGGUUUCCACCCUGGUGGCUCCCAGCCUGGUGGUUUCCACCCUGGUGGCUCCCAGCCUGGUGGUUUCCACCCGGGAAGCUCUCCUUCUGGAGGUUUGAACCAGGGGAGGUUCCAACCAAGAGCAGGUGUAGGCACGGGCAGGGGGGGCAGGGGUGCGGGUGUGGUGGGGAGGGCUCGAGGCACUGGGGUUGCUGGGGGGGGUGCAGGGGGGGGUGUGGGGGUUGUGGCUGCAGUGGAAGGUGAUAGGCAGGUGAGGGCGGAGGGCAGGAGAGGGGAGAAGCCAGGGCAGAGUGGAGAGCAGGAUGAGGCUGCAUAUGAGGUCAGCUCGUUGCCGUUUUCAGGCUUGAGCCUUCAGGCACAGACAGGGGAACAGCAAGAGCAAGCUCAUGGGGUGAGGAAUGGUGAUGACAGCAAGGAGAAGGUGAAAGGAGGAGUGGGGAGCAGUCCGUUUUUAUUCGGUGCUGCAGGUGCUGCAGGUGCCAGCACAGGGGCUCGUGCCGCCACUACCACCGCCCCUUCUGCUGCUGCUAGAGCUAGUCGCCGUGAAACGCGGGAGUUCGCUGGGCGAUACGUGGUCGCAAUGGCGGGAUGGCUGCGAGCUGCCGAAGAGCUACUAGAAGCAGUGGAUCGCACAGUGAGUGUGGCGGCACGGAAUGAGGAUUCAGCUCUGGAGGAGCAGCUUGCAGCACUGGAGCCUGUGGGAGUGCGCAAGACAUCAGCAACAAGGGAGAAGGGCAAGCUAGACAGGUCGAAAUCAAAGCCAACCUCUACCAGAGCCUCUAACGGGGCAGCUCUUAAAGGGUCCGUCAGCGCUCCAUCCCUGGAGGAGCCGGGAAGCUCGUCCGAAACAGAGGGAAAAGCAGCAGGCACAGCAGAGGUGCGAGGGGGGAAGGGUGCAGCAGGGGGGGGCAGGAGAAAGAAGGUUGAGGCGAGCUCUAGUGGAGGGUCGACCAGUGGAGGUUCAACUGGUGGAGGUUCAACUGGUGGGGGAUCUAGAGUUGGAGGAUCAGCUACAGGAGGGACGAGCUGUGGGGGGUUAACUGGGGGAGGGGGCGAAAGGAGGGAGGUAGAGGGAUCCAGUGCGGUUGAGAAGCAAGAUGCUGCGGUGGAAGGAGGUUUUCCAGUGGCAGAGGAAAGCGGAGUGCUUAUAACAGGAGGUCAACAGGCAGGGGGGUUGGGAUCAGGAUCAGUAGAGGAGGUAGGAAGUGGGAAGGGGGGAGAGUUGGGAGGAAGCGAGAUAGGAGGAGGGGAAGGGGCCGGUACUAAGGAAGGGGUGGAAGGGGAAAUGGGGCCUGAUCAGAACGGGAGGAGAGAAGGGGUGGAGAACGGUCUAAAGGCUGAGGUUGGGGUUGGGGUUGGUGUUGGGAUCGCUGGCACGGAUGUGACAGGGGGAGAGGGAGUAGUGGUUGAGAGUAAGGAGGAAAUGACGGGAGGGGUUAGAGAGGGUAGGUUAGAGAAUGGGGAAAAGGACGAGGAUGGGGAAAGGAGGAGAAGAGCAGGGGAGCAAGGGGGGGUGGAAAUGGAGGAGGGAGGCGGAAUGGGGGAAACAGAGGGCGAAGAGGAGGGAGGGGAAGGAGAGGAGGAAGAGGAGGAAGAGGGGGCAGAGGAGGAAGAGGAGGAGGAGGGGGGUGAGGAGGAAGAAGAGGAAGAGGAGGAAGGCGAGGAGGCGGGGUUGGACAGGGACAGGAAGACAAGGGAGAAGGUGGUGAAAGCAUCAGAGACUCAACGAGACCUUGAAGAGGCCAAGGGGCUUCUCCGAUCGGCCACAGGCAUUGGGCAAACCAAGGAGGCGAGGCUGGCACGGAUCUGUGCACAGCUGUCGGCGCGGCUGCAGGAGUACAAGGCGGAGAACGAGCAGCUGGAGGAGUUGCUGCAUGAGGAGAGGAACAACCGUGGAUCGGUGGACAGUGUGGUUCGGGCACUACAGCAGCAGUUGGCGAGUGCACGGGCAGAGGCAGUGGCAGCUGAAGCAGCAGUGGCAGCGGGGAUGGAGGCGAAGAACCGUGAGAUAGAGGCGCUGUGCAGCGCGCUGGAGGAUGCUGAGAGGCAGUCCGCUGCUCUCCAAGCGAAACUCGCCUCACUGCAGGCGAGCUCUGAAGCCUUGUCCAAGAACAGGGACUCCACAGAGGCGCGCAUGAUCCAGGCUCUCAGGGAGGAGCUGGGUGCUGCUGAGAGGCGGUGCGACGACGAGCAUGCUGCACAUCUAGCCACUCGCCAGGAAGCAGCAGCACGGGAACUGGAGUUGGAGCAGCAGGUGGCGGAGGGGGUGGCGGCACUCUCUCGCAUGCAGAGGGCAGUGGAGGAGCGCACUCAGCGAGUUUCGUCCCUGGAGGAGAAGAUCUCCGUGCUGGAGAUGGAGUGCAGCAGUCUCAACAGCGAGCUACAGGCACAUGACGACAAGGCCAAGAGGGACCUGCGGCGGCCGCUCUCAGCAGAUGACCCCUCCGUCCUCGCACAGGUGCAAGCAUGGAAGGAGGAGUCGGAGCGAGCGAGACAGCUGCUGCGAGAGGCAGAGGGGAAGUUGGCAGGCAGUGAGGCAGAGGUGCAGAAGCUGAGGGUGGAGGUGGAGGCUCACAAGAGGGAUGCAGAUUCAUCCUCGUUACAGGCCAACGCAGAGAUGGAGAAGCGGUUUAAGGAGUUGACAGAGCUGCUGUGCCUGAAGCAGAGUCAACUGGAAAUGAUGACGAGUGAGAGGCAAGCAGCGAUGCUGCAACUGGACAAGGAGAGGCGAGAGCUUCAACUGGCCAAGGCGCAGGCAGAGAGGGACAGAGCGGCACGGCGGUCGAUGCUGAUGGCUGCUGAUGAGGAGGACAGCGAGAUGCAGCCUCUGGAGUCCGUGGGAUUGCCGAACCGGCGCUUCAUUGGCAAGAGGAUACAGCAAGCAGCGAAGCUCAUCGAUCAUGGAACAGUGACUGCCGGCCGUUUCCUCUGGCGCCGCCCACUGGCCCGCCUUGGCCUUGUCUGCUACCUGGUCUUCGUUCAUCUAUUCCUCAUGUACCUGCUGCACAGAUUACAGGCACUGAAUACAAGUGGUUCACCACGUGCACAGCCAAACGCGUUUUACCAUUACCCUUCUCUCUUGUCCCUCCCCCUCCCACCCUCCCCAUCCCCCGCCUACCAUCCCUGUUCUCCUUUCCCCACUGCCCUUUUCCACCAGGAGCAAGCAGACGAGCUUCUGAACAAGGACCAGGUGUACUUGGCUGCAGAGGCGGCAGCAGGGUAUCAGAGAGGCGUCUUAAAACCCUUCCCUCCCCCGCUUCCCCCCACCUUCACGUCUCUUUCCCUCGCCCAGGAGCAAGCGGACGAGCUUCUUAACAAGGACCAGGCCUACUUGGCUGCAGAGGCGGCAGACGUUUCAAAACCCUGCCCUCUCUCCCUCCCCAUCUCCUCCCCGACCCUCCUCUUUUUCCCCCACUGGCCACAGGAGCAAGCGGACGAGCUUCUCAACAAGGACCAGGUCUACUUGGCUGCAGAGGCGGCAGCAGGGAUAGUGAAGCCCCACCCUGCUCGUCGUUAG